AUGCAGUGCCUGGGUCGGCCAGUCGUUGGCCUGCGGGCUGGCGCCACCACGCGGUGCCGCAAGCCACUGACGAGGAGGGAGACCCGCGUCCGCGCGGCGGAUGAGGGCCGGGUGAAGGUUGAGACCCAGGAGCCGGAGAAGGCGGCUGGCGCGAAGGAGGGAUCGGCCAAGGUGGACGCGUCGAGCCUGGCCAAGAAGACGGCGGCGACGUUUGCGCCGCGGGCGUCAGGGAACACGGGCAAGAACCCGGCGGUGCGCGGGACGGUGCUGUACGACGUGUUCGUGUGGCAGGCGUACCUGUCGGCCGCGUUCGGCGGCCUGCUGGCCUUCAACGUCCUGUUCCCGUCGGACCACCCCGACGUGUGGCGCCUGAUGGGCAUGUGGUCCAUCUGGAUGCUCACGGUGCCGUCGCUGCGCGCGAAGGAGUGCACGGCGGAGGAGAAGUCGGCGCUGGACAUCCUGUUCCUGGCCAUGCCGAUCAUGAACGUGCUGCUGCCCUUUGCGUGGAAGUCGUUCGCGUUCGUGUGGACCAUGGACGUCAUCCUCAUGCUCGGCGUGUACAAGUGGCGGAAAGCGCCCCUCAACCCCUUCUACUAG